GAUACCUGGGACAGUAUCGGUUUUCCCUCGGCAGACGUCAUGGGCUUCUUCAUAAGAGGUUGGUUUCCUGUGAUGAAGGUAGCGUACGGACAGUCCAUUUCUCCCGCCUCUACAAUCUACGAUCUCUGGAGGUAUACUUCUACAUCUUACAACAUCAAUGAAUUUGAAGAAAGCGCGUACUCUAUUCAAUCUGGCACCCCGUCUUACAGGUCCCGGAUCUUGAGCUCCUGGACCAGCUACUACAUUCGUGCGGUGCGAGUGUCUUUCAUCAAGAGUGGAAGCGAGGCUGCCUUCGCCGUGUUUGACGCGCAUGCGUCAGAACUAACUGACUGGAUGUCCUGUAGUAACCGUCUACUUUACAGCAGUUUCACGGAUCUCAACAGAGACACCUCAACCACAUUUUGUAGUAUAGUAGGAGACAGCAGUUAUAGCAGACGUUUUUUUGCUGAGAAACAAUACAAUGGCUGUAAUGAGGAUGAAGGCUGGUUCGUGGUUUCUGAUUCUUCUGGCUCAUGCAGUUGGGAAAGCCAGUAUUCCAGCCCCUUCGUACUUUACAGCGAUGCAGGAGUAUCGGAGGCUAAUAUAUAUCAACAACUGGCCGAUGUAUUUCUUAUAUCAGUUGCGUUUGAUGAUUUCUGUAACUUAGUUACAUGUCAGAAUGGGGGAACAUGCUACGAAAGAGGAACUCGAUUUGAAUGCGUGUGUGCCGGUGAUUAUUACAACAUUGACUGUGAUGAUUUGGAUGGCGUAUGGUCAGAUUGGGGAUCCUGGUCAAGCUGUAGCGUUACUUGUCAUUUCCAAGGAACAUACACCCGAUCUCGUUCUUGUAACAAUCCCUCCAAAGACGGGAAUGGACUGGACUGCCCGGGAUCCUCAUCAGAGACUACCACGUGUGAUCCACCAAAUGAAGUUUGCCCAUCGUACGGAAGUGGUACGAUGUCACAAGGAAACAGCUACACUAUGACGUGCCCGUCCACAUUCACAAUCUAUACUCAAACUGCUUACUACGGUAGAAGUUCCAGCUAUUCGGACUGUUAUGAUACAAGUUCCGUCAGCCGUGUUACAAACCAAUGCGAAGGACAGGUGUCAUGUGUUGUGACCUUCAGUGAAAGCCUUUUCACUGGUUACACCAGUAUUAGCUGCGACUAUUGCGAUAACAUUUACGUGUCGAACCCAUGUUCAUCUAGCAAUAUUAACGGCUAUGCUACGUUUAAAUGCGGACGAACAGGCGGAGUUAGCACGUGGUCACCAUGGUCACUAUGUACCGUGACGUGUGACGGUGGGACUCGAAGUAGAAGUCGCACGUGCGACAACCCUUUACCGAUCUCUCCGGGAACAGACUGUUCAGACACCCUGUCGGACACAAAGGACUGCUUCACAUUCCCUUGUCCGUCCUGUGGCGAUCACAUGUCUGGAUAUUACCUGAUGGAGCCCUGGAACAUGACGUCAUACAACGACUCGGAAUCUGGUGUCGGGUAUCUGUUGACAAACACGCACUAUGAAAUAAUGUGUUGUGAGUCGAUAGCAGCCAUAGAGUUCUAUACCUCCCACGAAGGGUCGAUCACCUUCAGCGUCUGGAGGAAAUCUGGAUCGUCCUACUCUGUAGUAGCCUCCACAGCAUACACUGUUACAGCCACGGAAGCAAAUACCACAAUCAACUAUACAUUUUCACUUGGAAACCGGAUGAUCGCCAAAACGGGGGAUAUGAUUGGCUGGUAUACUCCGGAAGACAAUAUGAUACCAUACAUUCUGUGUACAGGGGAGGAGAACUGCCCCAAUGCCACUAAGAAGGCCCCGCUAACUUCGGAGCCUACAGCAGCCAGUAGCUUUGCCUGGGACACCCACGGAAGUGUUACGACUUUUCCUGACCGUGCAUACGCUAUUAAGUUUUACACAAGUCCAAAUACCGCACCCUACGUGAACCAGACGGAUUUCAGCACUCUUGUGAAGGACCACGAGCCGCCUGGUACCUGGGCCAUCGACUAUGCAAUAUUCACCGACGAGGUUGGCGACCCUCUUACUCACACAAUGGUCCAUGCGGAGGGUUUCUUUGAAUUGAAUUCCACCUAUGACCCACAACGUCUCUUCCUUCAAGUGAAGAAGAAGCUUCCAAAAGAAUACAACAUUUACUCCAUCGUCUUGACAUCGACGGAUACCUGUGGCUUAACAGUAUCUACAACCUAUUCUAUUACUACAUAUAAUGCGCCUCCGGUGUAUCUGAACUUGCCCACUAGCAUGGAGUUGAUGGAGGAUAUGGUCGGGGAAAAGUUACUUUGGCAAAUUGAUGUCAUGGACCCGUCCGACAACGACUCAAUCUGCUGUACCUUAGCACAGGUGUCUCCGGCAACAGCAAACUUUGACUUGAAGUUUACCAACAACUCCUUCAACAUAUUCACGACCCCACAUCUAGUGUUUAAUUACAAAGAGAUCAGCGAUUUCUACAAACUACGCGUCUGCUGUUCUGACGACACCGGGUCUUCCAUGAGCUUUAUCGAUAUUGACAUCGUCGACGUCAUCACUAAGGAGGCCUAUAUUCCGCCAGCUUGGUUUUUCACCGCUGUAGUCUGUAGUAUGAUUCCUAUGUGCAUCACAUUAAUGAUCGCGUGUGGGAUCCUCUUUGCCACCAUGUUCCUAAACCCAGAGCUGAAUUAUGUAAUCAUCUAUGAGGACUGAGGCAGAGGCAUACCUAAAUACGUUCCAAACAACAAUGGAGACAACGACACAAUGUUAUGUUACGAUUGAAAUCAAUCAGUCAUCGACAUCGAUAGUUACAUUCGUCGUACAUUUGUGUAAGAAUAAUUUGUAUAUAUCAAGAACAGAAAAAUGAGCAAAACCACCAAAUUAAAAAAAAUAACAAUGCGUUUCCAGAGUUAAUCGUAUACUGUAUAAGCUGUAGUUGGAUUUCAACUAUUUCAAACUAGCCCAUCCUCGAUAUCCAGGGGUUACGCUCACCUUCGCUCUCUA